AAGGAAUGGGUUGUUUGUUGUCAUGCACACAACCUGUCUUUCAAUACGAGAUUUAUGUUAGUUCUUCUAAUUACGCAUAGGAAUCGGACGUUACAUCGUCGCGUCUACUAUUCGUUGGUCAGUACUUUCGAGAAAUGUUCUACCGGUAGAAAAAUUACGCGAAUUUACGUAAAACUUCCUUAUAAUUGUUCAAAAUGCGUGUGGCUCCUGGAUAAAAUUUCGAAGCAUUUAUUUUUUUUUAACUUGAUCUCUUUAAAAAUCCACUAUGAGUAAAAACAUAUCCGGCGUCGUGAAAUAUUUAACGGUCGAGCCCGCGUUCUUAUUAUACACCGCUGUGUUCGUGAUUUUGGAAUUGACCGGUGUUAAUUUAUUAAUUCAGAAAAAAUGUCGAUUCAACGUCACUUCGGAGCCAGAUCUGAGCACGCCUUGCCAAGAUGAAAAACAAGGGAUAAUUUUCGCCGCCGAAACAAUGGCUUAUAUACGUUUCCUGAUGUUUUCCUUGACUCUACUUUACACCGCUUUCUCAAUGUGCUGGAGCGAUGAAAGUGACCGACGUCGUAGACCUUUAAUCUUCUUACCUAUAAUUGGCCUAAUGAUGAUGUCCGUGUCUGGCUGUUUACAUUCUUAUUUUUGGCACUGGGAUGCUCACAAAAGUGCCCUGAGUUAUCUUUUUUUCGAAGUGAUAAGCGGUGGAAUGCCAUUAAUUAUGGUUGCGAGUCAAGCUUACAUAUGCGACGUAACGGAUAUAGGAAGUCGUACAAUGAGAAUGGGUCUUUUUACGGCAGCUAGAACGGUAGGAGACCUUAUAGGAUUCGGUAGCUCUGGAUUCGUAUUACAUAGAUUUGGGUUCUUUCGUACGUACUUGUUAUGUUUCGUUUUAUCGUUGAUUACUUUGUUGCUGGCUGUGAUUUUCGUCAGAGAUGCAUCGGUGCAGGUGAAAAAGAAAAGACAUUUUUGGCAUGCUUUUAACUUGAUGCGGAUCGUCGAUAGUUUUAAAAUAGUGUUUAAGAAAAAUAUCCCCGGCAAGAGGAUUAUUAUCGUCGCGUUGUCGUGUAUUUAUAUUUUGAUGUUUUUCUGCACUCAAGGAGAGAAUUCUGUGCAAUAUAUGUUUCUGCGGCAUAAAUUUCAUUGGGAUGAGCGUGAUUACAGUAUAUAUGUUGUUUAUAGAUAUAUCGGAGUAAUUUUAGGAAGUAUAUUUGCCUCGAUUGUGCUGAGUAAAUGUAUGAAUUUGCAUGACGGAGUAAUUGGUAUUAUUUCUGGAUUUUGGGAUGCUAUUGCUGCUUUCGGAUACCUAUUUGCCAGUCUAAAUUGGCAACUUUAUGUCGUUCCUCUGUUUGAUGUCUUUCACGGCACAGCAUUUUCUGUGAGCGUUUCAUUUUUUAGCAAAUUUUAUGCAGCUGACGAAAUUGGUCGUUUGAACAGUGUACUUUGCAUAUUGUCGUUGGUGAUACCAACAUGUUAUCCUACUUACAUUACAAUCUUUCGGAAGACUUUGGAUUCAGUUCCUUCAGCAUACUUUGUACUAAGUAUUGCAAUUAAUGUCAUUGUUGUUCUGCUGUAUCUUCUGUGUUACAAGCUGGAUAAGAAAUCGGAUAAACUCGUAUCAGCCAAGAAAGAAGAGAAACCAAUGCUCACUUAGUUUUAAAUACCUACCUACGUUUGCAUUGCAUGCAGUGGAAGCUAAAUUGUUGACAUUUUUCCUAUUAAAUUGUGAUUUGAUUAUACGUAGCUUAAGUUUUGAAAAAAAAAACGUAAAAUUCAUAUCUGA